AUGACGGUCGACGCACCAGGAUCGCUCGCAACACCCGGCGGCAUCUCUGACCCCGGGCUGAUCAAGCUCGUCAACAAACUUCAGGACGUCUUCACCACCGUCGGUGUCAACAACCCUAUUGAUUUGCCCCAAAUAGUCGUCGUUGGUAGCCAGUCUAGCGGCAAGAGCUCUGUAUUAGAAAACAUCGUCGGCCGCGACUUCCUGCCCCGCGGUUCCGGCAUCGUCACACGCCGCCCCCUUGUUCUCCAGCUUAUUAACCGACCCGGGCAAGGGCAAGCGAACGGCGAGAAGGAGAUCACCGACACGACCGACAAGCAGGCGAACGCGGACGAAUGGGGCGAGUUCCUCCACAUUCCGGGACAAAAGUUCUUCGACUUCAACAAGAUCCGCGAUGAGAUCAGCCGUGAGACGGAAGCCAAGGUCGGACGGAAUGCUGGUAUUUCGCCGGCCCCCAUCAACCUGCGCAUCUACUCGCCGAAUGUCCUCAACCUGACGCUUGUCGAUCUCCCCGGUCUAACGCGCGUGCCCGUUGGCGACCAGCCCCGCGAUAUCGAGAGACAGAUCCGGGAUAUGAUUGUCAAGUACAUUCAAAAGUCUAAUGCCAUCAUCUUGGCCGUCACGGCCGCUAACAUUGACUUGGCCAAUUCGGACGGUCUGAAGCUGGCAAGAGAGGUGGACCCGGAGGGUCAGCGGACCAUUGGUGUGCUCACCAAGGUGGAUUUGAUGGACGAGGGGACCGAUGUGGUGGAUAUUCUGGCUGGGCGCAUCAUUCCGCUACGGCUGGGCUACGUCCCGGUGGUGAACCGCGGGCAAAGGGACAUCGACAACAAGAAGCCUAUCAACGCAGCGCUCGAGGCGGAGAAGAACUUCUUCGAAAACCACAAAGCGUACCGUAACAAGAGCUCAUACUGUGGCACGCCGUACCUUGCGCGCAAACUCAACCUCAUCCUCAUGAUGCACAUCAAGCAGACGCUACCGGAUAUCAAGGCGCGCAUCUCCAGCUCGCUGCAAAAGUACUCACAGGAGCUCGAAUCGCUAGGCCCGUCGAUGCUCGGAAACAGCGCCAACAUUGUACUCAACAUCAUCACCGAGUUUACCAACGAAUGGCGCACCGUGCUAGAGGGUAACAACACAGAGCUCUCGAGCACGGAGCUGUCGGGCGGUGCGAGAAUCAGCUUCGUCUUCCACGAACUGUACUCCAACGGUGUGAAAGCCGUGGACCCGUUCGACCAGGUCAAGGACGUCGACAUCCGCACCAUUCUGUACAACUCCUCGGGUUCCUCGCCCGCGUUGUUUGUCGGGACCACGGCCUUCGAGCUGAUCGUCAAGCAGCAGAUCAAGCGGAUGGAGGAGCCCAGCCUCAAGUGCGCAUCGCUCGUGUACGACGAGCUGGUGCGGAUCCUCACGCAGCUCCUUGGCAAGCAGAUGUUCCGGCGGUACCCGCAACUCAAGGAGAAGAUCCACGCGGUGGUCAUCGCCUUCUUCAAGAAGGCGCUCGAGCCGACCAACAAGCUGGUGCGCGACUUGGUAUCGAUGGAGUCCUGCUACAUCAACACGGCCCACCCGGACUUUCUCAACGGCCACCGCGCCAUGGCCAUGGUCAACGAGAAGCACAACCCGUCGCGGCCGGUGCAGGUCGACCCCAAGACGGGCAAGCCCCUGGCCUCGACGCCGGCGCGCGCUGCUAGCCCCACGCUUGCGGUCGGCGGCGAGGAGUCGUCCAACUCGGGCUUCUUUGGGAGCUUCUUUGCGGCCAAGAACAAGAAGAAGGCUGCGGCUAUGGAGCCGCCUCCGCCGACCCUCAAGGCGUCGGGGACGUUGUCGGAACGGGAGGGCAUUGAGGUUGAGGUUAUCAAGCUGCUUAUCUCGUCUUAUUUCAACAUUGUCAAACGCACCAUGAUCGAUAUGGUCCCCAAGGCCAUCAUGCUGAACCUCGUCAGCUUCACGAAAGAGGAGAUGCAAAAGGAACUCCUGGAGAAUAUGUACCGCCAGAGCGAACUCGACGACCUCCUCAAGGAAAGCGACUACACGAUCCGCCGGCGCAAGGAGUGCCAGCAAAUGGUGGACUCGUUGAGCCGGGCCAGCGAGAUUGUUAGCCAGGUGCAGUGA